GCCACCAUGGUGCGAGUACGCCAACUGCAUGUGUGGCUCCUGCUGUCACUCCUUACAGCUGCAAGUGUCAGCGGAGGACGGAUUUUGGUCUGGUACACUGAGGGCAGCCACUGGAUCAACAUGAAGCCUGUUCUGGAGACGCUUGUGGACAGAGGACACGAGGUGACAGUGCUGGUUCCAAGUUCUUCUAUCUUCAUGAACAGCAGCCAGACUGCACGCUUUCAAUAUGAGCCCUUCGAUGUCCCCGUCUCCUCUGAGACCAUGGAGCAGUUCCUUGAGGACUUCCUCAUAUUCUCCAUGUAUGAGAUGGAUCGCAUGAAUGUCUUCCAGAUAUACAUGCGCCUCAUUGAGCUCAUGGAAGUUGACAUUAAGUACAACUUACAGCAUCUGGAUGCCAUUAUGAAACCAGACAUUCUGAAAAAGCUGAGAGAUGGAAACUAUGACCUGAUGUUUUCUGACCCCAUCUACAUCGGCAGUGACUUAGUGGCCGAUUACCUGGACCUGCCGUUGGUGUACUCCUUGCGCUUUACUUUGGGCCAUCACUGGGAAAGGUACUGUGCUCAGGUUCCUGCACCCCCUUCCUUUGUCCCUGCGUCCAUGAGCAAACUCACAGACAAGAUGGACUUCUUUGAGAGAAUGUGGAACUUCCUCUUCUACGCUCUGCAAGAUCUUGUGAUAACCCACGUACUGUGGCGCGAUAUUGAUCAAUUUUACUCAGAGUUCAAAGGGAAACCAACAAGAGCCUGUGAGGUAGUUGGUAAAGCAGACAUGUGGUUGAUGCGGACCUACUGGGAUUUUGAUUUCCCUCGCCCAUCUCUCCCCAACUUCAAAUUCAUUGGCGGGAUCCACUGCAGACCGGCUAAACCUUUACCGGAGCACAUGGAAGAGUUCGUGCAAACCUCUGGAGACAACGGCGUUGUUGUGUUCACUCUUGGUUCGAUGAUAAAAAACCUCACAGAUGAAAAGGCCAACAUAAUUGCCUCAGCUUUGGCUCAGCUGCCGCAAAAGGUUCUGUGGCGGUACAGCGGCAACAAACCGCUGACUCUGGGUGCUAAUACCAGAAUCUACGACUGGAUUCCCCAGAAUGACUUGCUUGGACACCCAAAGACCAGAGUGUUUGUCACCCACGGCGGAACUAACGGGAUUUAUGAAGCCAUCUACCACGGCGUCCCCAUGGUGGGCAUUCCCAUGUUCGCUGACCAGCCUGAAAACAUGGUGCACAUGAAGGCCAAGGGAGUGGCACUCACCGUGGACCUGAACUUCAUGAAGGCAGAGGACCUCAAAAACACCAUCGACAUGGUCAUCAAUGACAAAUCGUACAAGGAAAACGCCAUGCACCUGUCCAGGAUCCACCACGACCGACCCAUGAGCCCGCUGGAGGAGGCUGUGUUCUGGAUCGAGUUCACCAUGAGAAACAAGGGGGCCAAACAUUUGAGGGUCCAAGCCCACGAGCUCACCUGGUACCAGUACCACAGUCUGGAUGUCAUGGGCUUCCUGCUUGGAGUCCUUCUACUCACCUUGUUGCUCUUGGUCAAGAGCUGCAAGUUCUGUUGGCGGAGAUGCUGCAGCAGGAACAGGAGGAGCAAGAGGAAGACGGACUAGAUGCCCUCAAGGGGGUUUCACAUUAAAAGUGAUCACUUAGUAGAGGUCAGAUUAAACAUGCUUGUUCAGAAAUAAAUGCAUAUUUUACUUAUGAUGACAAAUUAGGCUUUCCAUUGAGUCACACAUUGUUUCCUGGUUGGGAUAAGGGUUGGCCCACAAGGUGGCGCUCCUUUAGGUUCCACUCCUGAAGGAUCACUUAAUGUCACCUGGUUUAUACACCUGGUUUUUCUUGUGAUCACGAGCUUCUCUCACUGUGCAGGUCAAGCUCAUGGACUCAGAUGGUAUAAUAUACAUCAAGAAAGAAGUGAAGCCAGAGAACUUGUGAGCGCCGCCUCCUCUGCUUCUUCAUCCUAAUCCCAGCCUUCUUUCUGAACGUCACAAAAAGCUGUGGCACAGGAAACACUGGAUUCAAUUGAAGCGCCGAUGUGUCAACGUGCAACUAGGAAGGCUGAUUUCAGCAUCAACAUUGCUGGACUCAAAGGUCCACUUGAUCACAGUCAGUUUUUGACACCUUAGGUGUACAUUCCAUAUGUUCUUGCAGAAUUUCAAGAUGAUUUAUCUAUGCUGCUAUAUACUCCUGGUAUGGCUUUCCACAGCGGAUCUGUCAAGUUGUGAUCCUUUGUAACAUCAAGAUUGAGUGCUACAGUUGUCUGGCUGAGAAGACAGAUGGCUCAGGGUGGAGACCCAUUCAUCUUCUUUCCAGAAGAGUAUCCUCAAGAGCAGAAAGAUGAUCCACGGCCAUGAGGAAGGGCCACCUGUAUGUAUGUAUGUAUCCACCACCAUCUCAAGGAACUGCAGUCACUAGGAAGAUGAGCCAGAGACAGUCAGAACUCUUCUCUGACCAGUGAUGAGUGUCUUCAAAUAGCUGGCAAACUACUCUCCUAAGAUGUUUGAGUCACAAUCACAUUGCCGUUGUCUACGGUGUUAGCAAGAUUAAACAUGUUGUGG